AUGAAAGUGACCGUGUGCUUCGGCAGGACCCGGGUGGUCGUGCCCUGCGGGGAUGGGAAUAUGAAAGUUUUCAACCUCAUCCAGCAAGCCGUCACCCGCUACAAGAAGGCCAUCGCCAAGGAGCCAAAUUAUUGGAUACAAGUGCAUCGUUUGGAACAUGGUGAUGGAGGAAUCCUCGAUCUGGAUGACAUCCUCUGUGACGUUGCAGAUGACAAAGACAGACUUGUGGCCAUAUUCGACGAACAAGAUCCACAUCAUGGGGGUGACGGCACCAGUGCCAGCUCCACCGGGACCCAAAGUCCUGAGAUUUUUGGCAGUGAGAUGGGUGCCAACAACGUCUCCGCCUUUCAGCCUUACCAAGCCACAAGUGAAAUUGAGGUCACACCUUCGGUUCUCCGAGCAAAUAUGCCCCUUCAUGUACGGCGGAGCAGUGACCCUGCACUAAUUGGCCUCUCUACUUCUGUCAGUGAAACAAAUUUUUCCUCUGAGGAGCCAUCAAGGAAAAACCCUACAAGAUGGUCCACCACAGCUGGUUUUCUGAAGCCAAACACUUCUGGGAGUCCCAGUAGUCGUGAUAGGAAGAAAGAUGAAAACUACCGAAGCCUUCCCCGGGAUACUAGUAACUGGUCUAACCAGUUUCAGAGAGACAGUGCUCGCUCAUCAUUAAGUGCCAGUCAUCCCAUGGUGGACACGUGGCUGGAGAGGCAAGAACAGGAUGAAGAUGGGACAGAGGAGGAUAACAGCCGUGUUGAACCAGUUGGUCAUGCUGACACGGGUUUGGAGAACACCACCAACUUUUCACUAGAUGAUAUGGUAAAGCUCGUAGAAGUCUCCAACGAUGGAGGGCCACUGGGAAUCCAUGUAGUGCCUUUCAGUGCCCGAGGUGGAAGAACCUUGGGGUUAUUAGUAAAACGACUGGAGAAAGGCGGUAAAGCUGAGCAAGAAAAUCUUUUUCACGAGAAUGAUUGCAUUGUCAGGAUUAAUGAUGGAGACCUUCGCAACAGAAGAUUUGAACAAGCACAACAUAUGUUCCGCCAAGCCAUGCGUACACCCAUCAUUUGGUUCCAUGUGGUUCCUGCAGCAAAUAAAGAACAGUAUGAACAACUAUCCCAAAGUGAAAAGAACAAUUACUAUGCCAACCGAUUCAACCCUGACACCCAGUAUAUUGACAACAAGAGUGUUAACAGUGCAGGAUUCCAUGCCCUACAAAGAAUACCCAGGCUGAAUAAUCAAGCUGAGCAAACAGACUCUUACUCACAACUACCUCACAGUGCGAACUUAUCAGGAAAAUUGCCAUCAGCCCUGGCUCCGGCGCAACAAAAUGUCCUAAAUGCAAAUCCAAACAGUGGUUAUAGCACCAAAAAGAUAGGGAAGAGACUCAGUAUCCAGCUUAAAAAAGGUACAGAAGGCUUGGGGUUUAGUAUCACUUCACGAGAUGUCCCUAUUGGCGGCUCUGCUCCCAUUUAUGUGAAAAAUAUCCUUCCUCGAGGAGCAGCCAUUCAAGAUGGGAGACUGAAGGCAGGAGAUCGGCUUGUGGAGGUAAAUGGAGUAGAUUUAACAGGCAAAACCCAGGAAGAAGCUGUCUCCCUGCUGAGAAGCACCAGGAUGGGAGGGACUGUGAGUCUCUUGGUCUUUCGUCAGGAAGAAACCUUCCAUCCAAGGGAACUGACUGCAGAACCAAGCCAGACUCAGAUGCCAAAGGAAACGAAAGCAGAGGACGAAGAUCUUGUUCUUACACCUGAUGGCACCAGAGAAUUCUUGACAUUUGAAGUUCCACUUAAUGAUUCCGGAUCAGCUGGACUUGGUGUCAGUGUCAAAGGCAACCGGUCCAAAGAGAACCAUGCAGAUUUGGGGAUUUUUGUCAAAUCCAUUAUCAAUGGAGGAGCAGCAUCUAAGGACGGAAGGCUUCGGGUGAAUGAUCAGCUGAUAGCAGUAAAUGGAGAAUCCCUGUUGGGCAAGACAAACCAAGAUGCCAUGGAAACCUUAAGGAGGUCCAUGUCUACGGAAGGAAACAAGCGAGGAAUGAUUCAGCUUAUCGUGGCAAGGCGCAUAAGCAAGUGCAGUGAGCUCAAGUCACCUGGGGCGUCCUCUGGGCCUGAGCUUCCCAUCGAGACUGUGCUGGAUGACCGGGAACGAAGAAUUUCCCAUUCCCUCUACAGCGGGAUUGAGGUCCUUGAUGAAUCUCCCACGAGGAAUGCUGCCCUCAGUAGGAUAAUGGGUAAAUACCAGCUGUCUCCAACAGUGAACAUGCCCCAAGAUGACACUGUCAUUAUAGAAGAUGACAGACUACCAGUACUCCCUCCACAUCUUUCGGACCAGUCGUCUUCCAGCUCCCAUGAUGAUGUGGGAUUAGUAACAGCAGAUGCUGGACCCUGGGCUAAAGCCACAAUUAGUGAUUCCGCAGACUGCACCCUGAGUCCAGACGUCGAUCCAGUUCUUGCCUUCCAGCGAGAGGGAUUUGGACGCCAGAGUAUGUCAGAAAAACGCACAAAGCAAUUUUCAGAUGCCAGUCAAUUGGAUUUCGUUAAAACACGAAAAUCAAAAAGCAUGGAUUUAGGUAUAGCUGACGAGACUAAGCUCAAUUCAGUGGAUGACCAGAAAACAGGUUCCCCCAGCAGAGAUAUAGGACCAUCAUUGGGCUUGAAGAAAUCCAGCUCAUUAGAAAGCCUGCAGACGGCCGUGGCUGAGGUGACCUUGAAUGGUGACAUCCCCUUCCAUCGUCCACGCCCCCGAAUAAUUCGAGGGCGAGGAUGCAAUGAGAGCUUCAGAGCUGCAAUUGACAAGUCCUAUGACAAACCUGCUGCUGACGAUGAUGACGAAGGCAUGGAGACUUUGGAAGAAGACACAGAGGAAAGUUCAAGAUCAGGAAGAGAAUCUGUGUCUACUGCCAGUGACCAGCCAUCCCACUCUCUGGAGAGACACAUGAAUGGAAACCAAGAUAAAGGGGAUAAGACUGACAGGAAAAAGGAGAAAACUGGUAAAGAGAAGAAGAAAGACAGAGAUAAAGAAAAGGACAAAAUGAAGGCAAAAAAAGGAAUGCUGAAAGGCUUGGGAGACAUGUUCAGGUUUGGCAAACAUCGAAAAGAUGACAAGAUUGAGAAAACGGGUAAAAUAAAAGUACAGGAAGCCCUUACUUCAGAAGAGGAGAGAAUACGAAUGAAGCAAGAACAGGAGAGAAUUCAAGCCAAAACACGAGAAUUUCGAGAGAGACAAGCUCGAGAACGUGACUAUGCCGAAAUUCAAGAUUUUAAUCGGACUUUUGGCUGUGAAGAUGAUUCAAUGUAUGCUGGGAUUCCUUCAUAUGACCCUACAAAUAGUGGGACAGCAACUCUAAAUACUCGGCCCCAAAGUCCUCGAGAAGGCCACACCAUGGAAGCUUUGUAUGCACAAGUAAAGAAGCCCCGGAAUUCCAAGUCUUCACCUUUAGACAGCAACAGAUCAACUCCGAGCAACCACGAUCGGAUACAGCGUCUGAGGCAAGAAUUUCAGCAGGCAAAGCAGGAUGAAGAUGGAGAAGACCGGAGACGUACCUAUAGUUUUGAACAACCCUGGCCAAACACCAAAACAUACACCCAGAGUGGACGACAUUCCGUAUCUGUGGAAGUACAGAUGCAGCGGCAGAGGCAGGAGGAGCGAGAGAGUUUUCAGCAAGCCCAGCGCCAGUACAGUUCCUUACCCAGACAAAGCAGAAAAAAUGCCAGUUCUGUGUCUCAAGACUCCUGGGAACAGAACUACUCACCAGGAGAAGGGUUUCAGAGCGCGAAGGAGAACCCACGGUACCUGAGUUACCAGGGGUCCCGAAAUGGCUACAUGGGGGGCCAUGGCUUCAAUGCCAGGGUGAUGUUGGAGACACAGGAACUGCUUCGCCAGGAACAGAGGCGGAAAGAGCAACAGCUCAAAAAGAAGACCCCUCCCGACGGACCAAACAGCUAUGACUCCUAUAAGAAGGUCCAGGACCCCAAUUUCACACCCCCUAAGGGCCCCUUCCGGCAAGACGUACCCCCCUCCCCUUCUCAGGUAGCCAGGCUGAACCGAUUACAGACUCCUGAAAAGGGACGACCAUUCUACUCUUGAGGGGGAGUCAAGGUAGAUUCUGACGUAUGAUGCAAUAAAGGACAUUUUCCUAUGAAGACUUGUAUUUUGAAAAGUGUUUUCUUUUUUUUUUUCUUCUUUUUAAAGCAGGACGGUACUAAGGAAUAUCUCUGUUGUCUGUUUCAGUGCCUUUAGCAAUGUGGGCAAGGAAGUGAUGUCCGUGCCACUAGGUCUCAAGUGUUAUUUCCAUGGCAGGAUUUUUCCAUCACCUGACAAUCAUCCUGUAAUUACACUUUAAGCAUCUCCCUUGGCUUCCCCGCAUCUUAGCCCAGCAUCCAUUCGCUAUCCCUGGCUCAUUAUUCAGAUCUGCAAGAUUACCUUCUGCUCUUUCACCAACAUGCAGCUUUGUUGCAUAAAAAGAUAGAGGACCGCAUUUUACAUCUGUUUUACUCAAUUGGAUGUGGGAUUAUGUAUCAAUCUCUGAGGGAUAAAAGAUCCCUGAGGACUACGCUUAAAAAAUGUUUCAUGGUGGAAUCAUUUACAGUACUUGUUGAUCAAUAUUUAAGUGCCCUGUCUCCUCCCUCAGCUCAUUUGAGAAGAAAACCCAUCUUUAGCCUUAUUCAAAGGCAGGGCAACAAACAUUAUGGUUUUCAGUAAUCACAGGGAUCCUUUUUUUUUUUUACAAGUUUACCUUAUAUCUCAACAUUAUCAGCACAAUUCCUAAUGAAGACUAUAGAAACAUAUAUUUAUAAAUACAUUUUCUCCAUCAUGGCCAUAAGGCAUUCUUCCACUUUCAUAACCACAGGGAAAGAGGCCCACAUUUACCACUGGUACAGAGGAGUGUGAGUGGGCUGAUUAAACUGAAUUUUAACAUGUGAAAAUGGUGUACAUGUGAAAAUGGUAAUUUUUUUAGGUAUUUUUUUGGAUAGGAAGGUUUAGAGCAGGACAAAGGGAAAUCAGACUGUUGAUUUUUGGAUCAAAAAGCUAAUCUGCUUCUUACAAUUUGCAAAGUCUUGCUACCAUUGACAGUUGCCUUGUGCUUCCAUCUACUGUAUCUUUGUAUUAUGAUACCACACUAAAAAAACCCUGUAAACUGUAUGAAUUAAAGAUAAGUGGAAGAAAACUGUUACACUUCAUACUGAAAACACUACAAUGUCCAAAAAUAACUAACAAAAAAGAUUGCUCUAGCAGUGAUAUUUUUAAUGUGCAUAUGGGAUAUGAGAAUUUCUGUUGCAGCAGCUGUUUUUACGUUUGUUGGUAUGAACUUCAUGUAUUGUAAAAUAUAGCUGGGUUGCUAAAGUGCCUGCAAAUCCUGUGAAAAAAAGCUUGAGAUUAAAGCUCAGCAUAUCAUGUAAAAAAAAAAAAGAGACAAAUCUUGUAUUGCGUGAUUUAAAAUAUGCC